AUGGCGGAUCAUUGGGUAUCUGAAAUUUUCCCUCCCAAAUUCGAGUUUAAAACUGUGAGUGAGCUACUAGAAAAAGAGACCGAUGAGUUUAGARCAAACUCCGAUAAUGUCAAGGUAUAUGAAAGCUACAAUAGAGCUUAUMUAGAAAUUGCUAAACACGAAGAAGAASAASAACAGCMGAAAGACAAGCAAAGUGUCGAAGACGGUGAUGAUGKCCGACYUCAAGUUGACGUUCAUAAGMAAACCARSAAAGCCAGUAAUGAAAUACCGAAAGARGAAAAUGGAAAGGCUAARGAUAAUGUUAUUUGGACGAACGACGAAAUACGUAUACUUCGACAAACUUUUCAAAAAUUGAAAAUCCAAAAUGUGCAUUUGACAGGAAUGGUCAGUUCAUUGACACAGGAACUCCAAAAUUGCAAAGAAAGGGAAGCUAAGACGAAAACYUGUUACAAUAUAUUGAAAGAAAAAUGGUCUGAAUUAAAGAAAAGAUACAGACGAGCAAAAGUAAGCUGCAAGUCAAUCAAAGAAGACUUAAAAUGGCAUCAUUUAUCAUUAAAAACUGCAAGGAAAGAAUUAGAACAGUUGCAUUUUGAAAGAAAUGAAAUAUUGAAAGAUUUGAAUGAUACAAGAGUAAUCUUAGAGUCAGAAAGAGUUACAAACUCGCAACUAAUGGCAAAACUUGAUGAGAAGGAGUCCGAGAAAGCCAAGGCUUUACAACAUUGCGAGUUUGUCAUAARACACCAAAGUCAACUUGAAGARACUCUUUUAAAAAAGGAGAUAUUUCGCUUGCAGCAAGAGYUGAAAAAAGAAAAAGCAGAAAAUGUGAUCAAUCAAAAAAGUCUUGACAAUCUUAGAAAUCAUUUUGUGAGCUCAAAAWUGAAUGCASAASAAGCAGGAGUUGACAUUUUAAGUAUUGCAGAUAUAGAUUACUGAUACUAGAGGAAUGGUGUUAAUUGUCUAAAUUUCACUGUGCCAGUCAUACUAAAAGGUCUAUAUAAGAGAAGUCUUAGGCCUGGUUUAGACAUCUUCUGUGUUGUCUAAUAUAAGAUCUUGCAUGUAGUUCAUGAGAGCAAUUUUUUUUUCAUUUGCGUUUGAAAAUAUUAACAUUAGUUUCCAAAGUUCAGAGUAUUUUGAUAGCUAUAUAGCAGUUUAUCAAGCGUCACCAUCUCUGGCCUGUGCCAUGAAACACCACUACUCCAGAAGAAGGCUAUCCUACCAAAAAUGCUAGUAAACCAUUUGUAUAACUUUAAUUGUACUAGAGGACUUCUCAACAAUUAUUGUAGGCCUCUCUUGCAUCCAGCUAUCUUCAAGAUGAAUGUUCUUAAGAAAAAUCCAUUAUUUUAAUACAACAGAAAAUUCAUUUUUCUCUUUCUCAAGUUUUAAUMAAUCAAUUAUUUUUUAAUCUUUAGAUGUGUUAAAAAAUGUGUUAUGAUAUGAUCCUUUUGUUUAUUCAUACACUCGUUUUUGGUUAUAUAURAAAUAAAUUCUUGUA